AUGCCGUGCCGCUGUCAGCAGGGUCCGUGGCGGGACGCCCGCCUCGGCGAAUCAGACAGCAGCCGCGACGCUUUUGACGGCGCCGUCUACGAUGACGCUGCGCCGUUCAUUUCGUCGUCAGAACAUUCCCGCCGUUCCAGCGCGCCCCUCCGCGCGCCCUUCGGUUUUGGCGGAGUGCGCCAUCUGCGCCAUCUGCGCUUGCUGCUGCUGGCGCUCGUGAUCGCCGCGGCGGACCUCCUGUUCCCCGCCUGCUCCUGGCGCAGCUUCCGCCUGCUGCGCGCAGGGGGCGGAGACCUUCCGCCCAUGGCAAACGUGGCGCCGUUGACUCCGUUGACUCCGUUGAACGAGUCAUAUGGCCACGUCAGCUGCUCCCUCACUGCCCUCCGAUCACCAACUGGGUGCAUUGCUUUCCUCUUUCCAUCUCUCUCUUCCACAGCGUCCCGUCAAGUGCUCCUCUGCCUUGCCCCUCUCACCCCCCACACCUCGCAGAUAAGCAACUGGGUGCAGUGCAUUCGCAUGCACCUGCUCUGUGCCGGUCUGCUCAGCCGCACGCUCCUCGUGAACGCACUGCCAUCGGAGACCAAGCGAGCCUACAACUACUCUCUCCUCCUCGACAUCGCACACGCGCGCCAGUGCUACGGGCCCACCUCUGUACAGACCACUGAGGAGUACUAUAACGAGUAUGGCAAAAAGGUGGAGCUGGAUCGGGUGCUGUGCUGGAGGUACGGAUCGAUUCCCUCUACAGCGCGUGAUAUGAAGACGAAUGUGCAUAUACCCGACGAUGUGAAUAUAAAGGGUCACGUAUCGCAGUCAGCGGCGGGAACACUCGAGAAGUUUCACAAGUUUUUCAAUUCGCAUACGGGCCAUGCGGAUGUGAUAUUACUGGGGGAUUUAUACAGCUACCCACAUUUUCAAGAAUUGGAGCACCCAUUGGCGUGGGGCGACCUUCCUUUCCAACGGCUGCCCGGCUGCCCGAGCACACUCGCAGUGCAGCCAGACGCGCAAAUUUUCGGGGCAGCCGAAGAAUUUGUCCAGGAGAAAUUUGGGCAGAAGCCGUUUUUGAGCCUGCAUUUGAGGGCAGGGGACCUGCGGGCGAGCUGUGAGCGGCAGCAGCUGGACGUGGGGUGCCGGCUGGGGCCUCACCAGGUGGUGGCGUGUGUUAAGAGGAAGCUGCGACUGCACCAGCUCAUGAACCUCUUCAUUGCCACCAAUGCUGGCCACCAGGAGGUGCAGCAGGUGAAGAAGCUGUUUCAAGCCAGGGACCCCGCCCCACCACCUCCCCCAGGAGCACCCGUCCUCCCUCCUGGCCUCACCACCCAAGUGGUAACCGGCGUGCACGCUUGGCCGGGGCUGAAGCGGUGGUUCGGGGCACUGGAUGACACGCAGUUGAAGCAGGUAGAAGCGGAGGUAGAUAAGGUGGUGGCGGUGCGGGGCAGUGUGUUCCAAGGCACGUGCACAUCUACGUUCUCCCUGGAUGUGGAGAGAAUGAGGCUGGCCCUGGGGAGGGGCAGCUGCCAUGACUCGUUUGUGUGCGAUGAGGAGAUAGCGAGUGGGGAGGUGGUGAACGAGUCAGAGAAGAAAGGGUGCCGCACAGAGUUUCUCUUCUGGUAG